CGGCGCCACUCCGCGCCGGCCGCAGCCGAGUCGCGGCCCUAUCGACCGGCCGGACGUCCGCGCCGCCCCGCCGAGUGCGCGCUAUGUGUCAUGUGAACCUUUCCUAAAUAUGUAACAUGAAAUGAACCCACAGUUAACACCGCUCGCCAUCCAUCUAAUAAUUCAUUCAUUUUCAAUCAAUUCUCGAAAAUAAGACUUACACUCAGGAGGGACAUACGACGAAGAAGAUGAAAGCAGCAAUCCUACUCUUCUAAAAUAUUUUCUUGGUAACCUGUUCAAUCAAAUUUCGUAAAGUUGUGUCGUGGUGGAGUCAGCAGAGAUAACAGAAUGCCACAUGUGUGUACAUUAUUAAUGUGAGGGCCGUGCGACGGCGGCGAGUGAGUGCGCGAGUGCGGGACACAUGCAGUAGCGCGCGGCGCAGCGCCGGCCGAUGGCGGGCAGCGGCGCGCCCGUGCGCCAGCUGCGCCGCGGGCCCGCGCCCAUCGCCUCCUUCGACCACGACGUCUCUGACGAGGUGAGACCGCCAUCAAGUCCGGAGACAAAGCAAUCGUUUCGGCUACCGGAGAUACGCGAGGACCCGGGGCGCAGUGCGAGCGCGGGGCUGGCGCCGCCCGAGCAGCGAGCGCGCUCGCACUCGACGCCGGGGCCCGGCGCGGCGCUGCCGGCGGGCGGGCUGACCGCGGCCCCCGCGCCGCGCAUCGACAUCUCGCGCGCCUCCAGCUCCAGCCACCACGACUCCCGCGACAGUUCGCCCGAGCUGGCGCUGUUCGCGGGCGCGGGCGAGGACUCGCGCACGCGCCUGGAGCUGGGCUUCCGCGAGGACGGCGCGCUGGAGCUGCGCUCGUCCACCGAGGAGCUGGCCUUCCUGGAGGGCGCCCCCGGCGAGCCCCGGCCCGCCGCGCCGCCGCAGCCUGCCUCGCGCCGCCACUCGCGCAAGGACAGCCAGGGCUCGGAGGCGGCGCUGCUGGCGGUGUCCGGCCGCACCAGCCGACUGUCCAGCGUCGGAUCACAGUGCUCUGCGCAUUCCGCGCUCUCUGCUUUCAGCCAUCAAAGCCGCCAAUCGGUCGGACGCCUUUCAGUGGUCUCGGGUAUAUCCAGAUCUCCCUCACCGCACAGAAUGUUACUUGAGACUUCUUUUUGCGGACCGAAACCUAUAGAGACCGAUCCGGAGAUCUGCGCUGCAGCGGUAGAAGAACGCCUCCUAGAGAUUGCGAAACUGAGUGCGGCUUCGCCGGCGGGCGCGGCACCCGUGGACGCGCGCGACCGGCGCGAGGUGCGCACCGAGGCCACCGUGGAGCGCGCCGCCGCCCGCGCGCCGCCGCCCUCGCCCGCGCCCGCGCCCCUGCCGCCCGCCGACUUCCACGAGCCUCCAUUGCCUAAGGGCGCACCGGCUCCGGCACCAGUUCUAUCUCCUGCCAAAGCUCAAGCUCCUGUCCCAGCUCCAGCACCAGCUCCUGUCCUGGCACCGCCUCUACCCGCACCGGAGCCAGCUUCAGCACCAAUUCUCACUCCGGUACUUACUGCUCUUGAUGAUGAUAAACUACAGAAGGAAACACAAAAUCGUGCACGAGUUCAAGAAAGGCGCGCACGGCCUCGUGUGCGUCGAGAACCGUCCGAACCAGAAGUCUAUAAGAGUGUUAAUCGUUCAAAAGAUAUUAUCAGAAUAAAGCUCAAGCCCGACGAUGACUACGAGGAAGAAGAGGAUGAAAGCAAACAAACCAGCGAGGUGGAGGCGGAGGCAGCGAGGGGCGCGGAAGCGGCGCGCAAGCCGGCCAGCUUGGAGCUGUGGCCCGCGCGGCCCACCGAGCUGCCGGCGCCGGCCUCGCCCGGCGGCCGCCGCGCGCCGCGAGACAGCCGCACACCCUCCCCUGCCGGAGUACCGGUCUCGCGAAAAUCUUCCUUUUGCUCACUGUUCAAAUCACGCGAGACCAUUGCGUCACCUGACUCGCCUUCAGAUGCACUGCGACGCAAAAGAAGUCUUACAGAAGGUCGAUCGCGAAGCAAAAGCCGCGACCGCUCCGCAACCCCAACUUCCGCGGGUAAGAUUAGAGGUUCUGUAUUAUCAUUGUUUCGGACUCCACGCAAAAGUGCUGCUUCUCCUUCACCGAGUUCACGUGAAGGAUCUCCGGUCGUUCAGCCACAGCGGCAGAUCACAGCUAUCACACCGCAGCCUGUAGAACGCACUCGGCGCGGUGAUAAACUGAAGUAUUAUGAAGAUACUAAAGAUGGUAUCAUUCACAUACCACUGCGAACGCCACCUGACGAGCGGCCAGGCUCUAGUAGCGCGCGUCGGCCACCAGACGUCACCAAGGCUACGGUAGAAGUGACGACACAUCGCGAACCCACCCAGACGCGCCCGGCGUCAGCUCCGCAGUCCCGCCCAGUAUCUGAACGCGAAUUUGCUCCACCCGCUCCCUCUCAAAAACCGAUUCAUCGAACUGUUCUUCCUGACGGGAGCAUUAUAAUACCACUUCGCUCACCAACUGAGCGCAUGCCCGAAGAUCGUUUGCCAAGUCCACCGGUCAAAGGCUCUUCGCCACCAGAAGACACUCCGCCAAUAGUAGUAGAAACCAAAAGCAUGGCAGCCGUCGAAGUGAAGACUGUCCAGGCAGCUGUGACUCCCCGAGAAAAAGAAGAUAUCGUUAAAAUACCUCCUGUGGAUGUGCAACGGGUCGAGUCUGCAUCCGCUACUGAUGAUGGCCGGCGACGGCGCAAAGAAAGACUCGUAUUUACAACUCAUGUCGGUAGUCGCGAACAGGUUUUCAGCACUCAAUUUAGCAUUACAAAGACUCCAAGUGUAACUAGUGAAAUAUCAGGGUCCUUCCCAAGCUUCGUCGACGGUGACGAUAUGAAGACGUCGAGUCGAGACGUGGCCCCGGGAGCCAUCCCGGCCAGCCCGGGCGAACUGUCCGACGGGACAGCAACCAGCCCAGGCAACCGGUCCGCCGGCACCGCUACCAGUCCAGGCGAGCGUCCCGGCAACUCGAACGGCAGCGCGGGCGCACGGCCCGGUGGCACCGCGUUCAGCCCCGGGUCCCCGCAGGAGCCCGUGCGGGACUCGUCCGAGUCGGAGCCCAGCUCCGAGUCGGCUCCGCCGCUGGCCGGCGACGAGGUGGAGAAGCGCGGGCUCGUGGUGCAGCAGUCGUUCGAGGAGGAGCUGCCGUACGUGCCCACCACGCUGCCGCAGGAGCGCUCGGUGGCGCUGCCCAUGGUGCCUGUGCGCGAGCGCGGCGGCGUGCUGGUGUCCGGCGUGUCGCGGCCGCGCGCCUCCGCGCCCCCCGCCGCCCCGCGCGCCCGCCCGCCGCCCCGCGCGCGCCACGCCCGCGCCCGCCCGCCACCCCGCCCGCAGCCCUGCCCGCCGCCGCCCGACAAGCUGCGCAUCCACCUGCCGCGCCGCCCCAGCACGGCCGCCCCGCCCGCGCGCCGCCCGGACCGCCCGCGCACCCGCAGCGGAAGCGACAGUUUCGAUUCACGACCUAAAACCGAAUGGAUCGAUUUCGAGGAGGUGCCAGAGAGACGAAAACAGCCGAAACGCAUUCAGACGCUGCCAGCGGCGGCAGCGAGCGGCGCGGCGAGUGCGGAGGCGGGCGGCGCGGGGGGCGCGGUGGUGUUCAGCUACGUAGAGCCGGAGCAGUGCCGCUGCGAGUGCCACGCGCACGCGCGCGACGACGACCAGCUGCCGCUGCUGCAGGACGAGCUGCAGCCGCUGCGCGUCAGCUCGCCGUCGCCGGAGGGCGCGGAGGAGGCGCGCGUGGCGCUGCGCGUGCAGGUGGCGCCCUUCACCGCGGACCUGGACCUGCGGCCGGACGGGGAGGCGCGGCCGCACUGACCCGCCGCUCCGGCGCCGCCGCUCCCGCACGCACGCACUUCACCGAUUUAACGUUUUAUAAAUUAUAUUCUCUAUUGACUGGAAGGAGAUGUUAUCAUUUUUGAGAUGUAAAUUUACCCGGUUCAUUAGAUGUAUAUGUAUAUUUAUAGCGUCGUUUAUAUCUCUCCUAUUAGCUACCGUUGAUCUUUGCAUUUUUGAUGUUUAUUGAAUUGUUCAAAGUGUACCAAAUGUACAUAGUGAUUUUUACGGUACGAUAGUAAUAUUUAAUGUUCAACGGUGACGUUUGACUCGACCGAGUGCCCGGUCACCUGCCUUACCCGCGAGUUCACACGUUCACCCGGUGUUGUCGAUCUACAGCUCUCGUCAAAUAGCUGUGCCCGGCGGAAGUCUCGCGCAUGCGUAAUACUGUUUUGUUCUGACAUUUCGAAUGCUUCGCAGUCAGUAGCAGCCCACUUGAGAUCGCCAUAUUCGACGAGGGCUGUAAGAAACCCAAAGGCUUAGGCUGAGAUCUAUUAGCGUUAUAACAGUAAAUUGUCUAAACUCAAACUUAUAUUUUUUGCUAAAACAGAUAGAUUUAUCAUUUGUAUUGUGGUCAACAACCUUAAUGACUUAAGUGCCUACUAAAAACUUGGUUAAAAUGAUAGAGCGUUAGUACCUAGCUAUUUAUGUGACGAGUACCUACUUACUUGGUAAAGUUGGUAUUUUAGUGACGCGGUGAUUGCCUCAGAGAAACCAAUGGCAUGACUUUAACUAUAAUCACAGGUAGCAGUCGCAUGACAUAUUGGAACUGCUGAAACAUGUGCAACUUGAAUGAUAGUUGAUGUUUCGUUGCUGGGCGAGGCCGGCGCAGUUUGUGAGGCAGUACGUCAGUCAGUACCCACGUGGUAUAUUGUUUGCGUCCGUGUAUAUGCCUACUCAGCUGAAUCUCGUCCUAUAAAUAAACAUAUGUAUUAGGUUACCCAUUAUAUUUGUAAUGAAAUGUUAUCAAGCUAACAUAAGUUGAGUGAAAGAACUCUCAACGACUCCACAGUCAAACUGUGUAAACGGUUUCGUGGGGCGAACGCGUAACUGUGUGUAUGUAUAUCAUGAUAAAUAAAUAAAUACAUUGAAAUAUCUUAAGCACUUGUCGCUUUCGCUUCAUAGAACUCAGCCUUACCUGGACAUCACGUCAUACUUCAUAAUAUUAUGUAGGUACGUGUCAACAUGUUUAGUUUACCACCAAAAAGCUCAUUAUGCGAAACUAAAUCAACUUGUUAAUGUCUACUUCUCAACAUAGGAUUAAUGAAGGCAUUCGAUUUGUUCCCGGUUCUAUCUUUGACAUUGAUAAUAAUAUGUUUUUAUUUGCUUAGCUUUAGACGAGUCGAGCAGAACUUCACCCUGUGCCAUAGUGAGUGACACUCCGGCUGACUCCGUUGACGUUACAAUUACAGCUACAACCAUGAACCAUGACAUCGUCAAAAUAUCAUAUUAAUUGGUACCUGUAUGUACCAACUAACGAAUUUGUACCCGCUAUUAAGCAAAAAAACAGAGAGUAGAUAAUUUGAAAUUAUAUGGUACUUAUUUGACAUACCUACAGUUAGGGCUGCCAUCUCGAAUUUCGCCAAACCCGGACAAACAUUAAAAAAACCCGGACAUUUGGCGUACCUAAAUCGCAUUUUUUCCCCGAACGAGUAGGUACGAUUUUUUUUAAACAAAAUAAUACCUAAUCUGUAAUCCAUUUAAUAUUAAAAUAUACUUACAUUCAAUGAGGUGCUUCCUUACAUGAAGUGUCCGGGUUUUCCCCGGAUACUUCUUGAAACCCCGCCCGGACGGCCUCCAAACGAGGACAAAUCCGGGGAAACCCGGACAGAUGGCAGCCAUACCUACAGUGCAUGUGCACAUGUGUCAACAAGCAGUACGGAAUUCGAAUCAAUUUUAAAGGCGGUUAUAAGCCUAGAUCAAUUAUAUUGUAGUAUUCUAACUCGUUAGGUACCCGAUAAGUUGCGAACUAAGUGUAACACAAAAUGGACCAAUAUGCUUCUAUGUGUAAUUGAGUGGAGCCAGGCUACCCAAUAGUAGUGUGUGAACUGAUUGACAUGUUGCUCGAUGAUAAACAUAUCCAGCCCAUUCUCCAAGCCUAAAAUAUAAAUAUCAUCGCAUGCUGUUUUAAAAAUGUUUUUGCCAAUUGAGCUUUUUGGUACAUUUGUAACACAAAACUUGCAAUAAGACUUGUGAUAACACGAAGCUGUAAGCCCGCGCUCGAGAGCCGCGCCUCUCGCGUCCCGUGCGCCUGCGCAGCUGCAUUUGCCACUUUAUUUAGCGACUUUAUCGUAAUGUUAGUUGGUUUCAUUAACGCAAUAAUAUGUAAGAAAUGUAUGUAAUGUUAAAACAAAUCUAUCAGUUAGGCAAAAGUCUGAAACGUAAAAAUAUGAAUUUUGCUUUCCA